UAGGUCUAGUAACCACUGAGAAGUAAAGAAAUGAUGUUACUUUUACAAAAAUGUGUGUGCUUUAGCCCACAGAGGUCCCCAAAGCGGAACCGCUGACGUCACCCAUUUUCGCAUUUUUGAAAACAAGUUUGGCCACUCAACUGCUCCACGGAAAUUAUUCUGCACCUAAGAUGGCAUCGUCUUUCCAGUCAUCUUUUCAAGAAGAUGUGCAGAUCAUCACCACUGAGAUGCACACUGCAGGAGAACCCUUGAGGAUCAUCACCUCGGGAUUUCCACAACUCAAAGGGGCAACCAUUCUGGACAAGAGGAGGUAUCUUAAGGAACACUUUGACCAUUAUCGUAAACUUUUGAUGUUUGAACCAAGAGGUCAUUUUGACAUGUACGGGGUCCUUCUGGUGACCCCGGACGUGGAGGGAGCAGACAUUGGAGCAAUCUUCAUGCACAACGAAGGCUACAGCACCAUGUGUGGCCAUGCCGUCAUUGCAUUGGGGAGAUAUGCAAUUGACCAUGGUUUCGUGAAGAACCCCACCAGUCCGGAAACUAGGGUGGGAAUACAGUGUCCCUGUGGACUAGUGGAGGCUUUUGUGGAGUACCAGCCCGGGGGAUCGGGCUGUGACACGGGGAGAACCGGGGCGGUCAGAUUCAAGAGCGUGCCAUCGUUCCUAUUUGCCGCAGGUCUCAAAGUUGACGUGCCUGGGUACUCCAUGCAGACUGUUGAUGUUAGCUAUGGGGGCGCUUUCUACGCCUUCGUCACUGACAGUAACGUCGGCGUCACCUUGAAGUCAUCACCAAUGCAAGCUGUGAUAGAAGCAGCUCAUGCUGUAUCUGAAGCAGUGAAGUCGACGUUGUCAAUCUCCCAUCCCGACAGUGAUGACCUGGCGUUCUUGUACGGCACCAUCAUCACUGACGGCAAAGAUGUUGCCAACAAAGCUACUGCCAACGUGUGCGUCUUCGCUGACAGACAGGUUGACCGUUCUCCGUGUGGGUCAGGUGUCACUGCACGAAUUGCUCUCCAGUACUUCAAAGGUCACAUUGGUCCAGGUCAGAGUCGCACCUUUGAGAGCGGGGCCACAGGUAGUGUCUUUACAGGGAAGGCUGUACAGGAAGUGACCUGUGGGGAAUUCAAGGCUGUUGUGGUGGAAGUUGGUGGAAAAGCUUACUACACAGGAUCCAACACAUUCACCUUGGAGAGAGAGGACAGACUUGGCCACGGCUUCCUGGUGCUGUAGGACACUAUGGGUUUAGUGUGCUUAUACAGGAGACAGUAUCAAUAAAUGAAACACCCGAUGACUCCAUGAUGUUCAGUACUGCAUAAGGAGCUGAGGAGUUGUAUUUUAGCAGAAACCAUUCUGUGAUGGUUCAUUAAUAGUAGGUGUCUACUAAUUGUAAAUACACUGAAUUAUUUUGUUUGUCCAUGUCACAUUUCAUUGUAUAACAAAAUGUUUAAAAGCAAAGUAACAGAGACAGGAAAGCUUUCAACCCUUUAUUCAAAAGACAAUAAAAACAAUAUCAGACUU